AUGUCGUAUCGAAGUGCUGCUAAAGAUUUUUCAUACAAAAAGUGGUGUGCAACAUUUUGCUGCCCUCCUUUACCGACAAGUAUUAUUUCAAAAUUAGCUUUUAAGCCUCUAACUAUUAAAACGUAUGAACUGAUCCCUACGGAAAGUGGAUCGAUGCAGUAUGUUUUCCAGUUAUCACCAGACAUAGACCAAACCAGCUUAAAGAGAUUACUUCAGCAAGAUGCUCGGUUUGUGAAAACAUUACGGGGGAAUAAUGUCGUAGUAUUGUUUAUAAAAUGCACCAAGACAAAAAAUUUUACAAUUCUGUACAGUCAUGGGGGCAGUGUUGAUGUUGGAUACAUGCAUCGUCUUUGCACAGAUUUGAGUUUAAUGACUGGAUGUGAUAUUGUAACAUAUGAUUAUUCGGGAUAUGGUGAAAGUACUGGAACACCUUCCGAAAUGAAUAUGUACGCUGACAUCAGAGCUGCUUGGGAUUACACUAUCACGUUCCAAGAGCCAAAUCCCUUAAAAAUCGUUUUAUAUGGGCAAGGCAUUGGCACAGUGGCAACAAUUGAUUUAGCAUCCAAAGUACAAUGUGCUGGAGUUAUAGUUCAGUCACCUUUGAUGUCAGCUCGAAGACUCUUCAUUCCAAGAGGAAAUUUGUUAAAAUUCUUGCAUCAUAUGAACAGGUAA